UUUGGAACUUCACCGAUCCUUCAUUGUCUCUUCUAACUCCUUUAGUUCACUUCAUCUGGGAAUGAAACCAUUGCCCCAAAAAUCAUCAUCUUAUUCUAGAAAGACCAUAACAUUGGAAGAAUGGAAUGGUUCAUCAUCCGCAAAGCUCUCAAAAACUUUCACCAUCAAGGCUUCAUCUUCCUCUGUCUCUAUUCAAAGAUCUGGUGCCCGCUUCACACAUGUUUGGAGACGAUUACUUCAGGCAUUUGUCCCUGAGGGUUUUCCUAGCAGUGUGACUGCAGAUUAUGUUCCUUUUCAAAUAUGGGAUUCGUUGCAGGGCCUUUCAACGUAUAUAAGGACCAUGCUUUCUACCCAGGCUCUACUGAGUGCUAUUGGGGUUGGCGAGAAAUCAGCUACAGUCCUUGGUGCUACUUUUCAGUGGUUUUUAAGGGAUCUAACUGGCAUGCUUGGAGGAAUCUUAUUCACAUUCUACCAGGGAUCAAAUCUUGAUAGCAAUGCAAAAAUGUGGCGUUUGGUUGCAGAUUUUAUGAAUGAUCUUGGAAUGCUAAUGGACCUCAUUUCCCCAUUGUUUCCAUCAGCUUUUGUGUAUAUUGUUUGCCUAGGAAGCAUAUCAAGAUCAUUCACUGGUGUUGCAAGUGGAGCGACUAGAGCAGCUUUGACUCAGCAUUUUGCUCUUCAGGAUAAUGCUGCAGAUAUAUCUGCUAAGGAAGGAAGUCAAGAAACUGUGGCCACAAUGAUUGGCAUGGCUUUGGGAAUGCUUGUUGCUCGCAUUACCAUUGGACACCCACUAGUCAUCUGGCUUUCUUUUUUAUCUCUGACCCUGUUUCAUGUUUAUGCAAACUACCAAGCUGUUCGAUGCUUGGCAUUGACCUCACUAAACCCUGAAAGGAGCUCUAUUCUUUUGCAGCAUUUCAUGAAGACUGGCCAAGUUCUCUCCCCUGAACAGGUCUCUUCAAAAGAGCAUGUUUUACCCAUACAGCUCACUUCAUGGAGCUCAAAGAAUGCUAUUUCUCUGGAUACAAAAGUACGUUUAGGCAUGAGGAUUUCUUCAUUUGAUAACAUGGAAAUCCAGGAGCAUUUGCUUUCUGCAGUAUCUUACUACACAAAAGCCAAGUACUUACUAGUGGAAAGGAAGGGAAUCAUUAAAGUUAUUGUGCAUAAAGAUUCAAAUGCUGCGGAUAUCCUAAAGUCAUUUAUUCAUGCUCUCGUCCUGGCAAAUAAUGUUAAUAAAAGCAAAUCUUUGCACUCAGAAGGCCAAAUGUGGAUGGAUAAUCAGUAUGAAGUAUUUAUCCAGAAGCUCAAGUCAUUAGGCUGGAAAACAGAACGGCUUCUAUCACCUAUAAUAUGGAGGGCAAACUGGAUCUAUGAACCGUUGGAAGAAAAAGUUGAUUAGGGUCAUCUCCAGAUUUUAUACAUAUAACAUUUUUCUAGAGAAGUUGACUAGUGGCAACUCCGGUUGGAUUGAGGUUAUUUGAUGUGGAGUUGAAUUUUGAUGCUUUUUCCAAAAUUGGAGUGGUUAUAUGGUUGACAAUGUUAGCAUAUGAUUUUUUACAAGUUAUUUAUGAUUUCACUGACAUUCUGUCAAGAUAAAGAAAACUUGACCAGGUUAUUCUUGCAAUUGCACCCUUAUUUCUCUCCUCUACCAGUUUGGAAAGAAAGGAAGGGGAGAGGGUGGUGGUUGGUUGAGUUAGAAGUGCAGUAAAAGCAUCGUGGCUUGUGUACAUAUGCUCUAAGUGAAAAGCUCAGUUAGUGGUUUAAGCCACCGUGUAUGACCUUGCUGGAAUAUCAAUUUUUUUUUUUUAAAUUAUUAAA